CACCUGCUUGGCCUUGGCGCCGUGACUGUCUGUUUUGAUUCGUUUUGAUUUUUGCGGAGUUUAGUUGUUCGGUUUUUCAGUCAGUGUGAUAAAGCUUGGAGAUCAGGACCUGACUUCUUGAAAUUUGUAAAAAUUUUUUCUCCCUGUUCUUUUCUCCUCAUUCCACACAUAAUACAACUGCAUAAUUAUAAUGGCAGCAACCUUUUUUGGUGAAAUUGUCGAGCCGGCUUCAAGGGCCUGUUUUGAUUUUGAGGAGGAUAAUUUUGAGGACGAGCAGUUGCUAGAGAAAUGUGAAUUGUGCAUUUCUUGGAAGACAGAAAUCCCUAAGAACAUCAAACUGCUUCUCAUUUGUCAAGGACCAAUUUCAAAAGCCUUUGCCGAGCACUAUUUUAUAGACGAAGGAAAAUGCUGCGGGCAAGUUGAGAAGUCCCAACGAUCUGUGAAAAAGGAAGCAGCUAAAUUUUACAGCCUUUCCAAUGAUACUCUUGUUUGUGUGGCUACUGGCGUUGAUGACACCCUCUCCACACUCUUUGUUGACCUCGUUGCCUCAGUUGUGGAUUUGGCUGCGAGGGUCAUCAUUAUUUGCUCUCGACCUGCGUCACAAUUCUUUGGAGAAAGCAAAAAUGAGGAAGGAACCCUCAGGUGCCUGGCUGUUGCUGGAAAGACAGAUGAUUAUGGCAUAAAAUGCAGCACACUUGAGCAGCCGAAUUUCGUCUCUGGCGUUUCUGCUGCAGUUCUCAGUUAUUGCUGCUUGAAAAAGAAGAGUGCAUGUCUGUUUGUGUGCUUUAGUGAAGAUAUUUCUGCGGUCAUCGACUCACGAACCCUGACUCCGUUGGACCCAAUUUUGAUGUCGCCCUUGCUGCAACCUCUCCUCAAAGGCAACCGUCAAAGCAAAGUAAGUGGAAUUUCCACAGGUAACAUUUACAUGUAAAAGUAUUUCAAAAUAAAAUUAUUCUGGCACAAGUUCAUUUAUGAUUU